UUCGGGGAUUUUGUUGUAUCCAUAUCGCUUCGUUAAAUUGAAGAUUGAUUAAAAUCGGAGAAUCAACAUAUAUAUAUAUUUUUUUACCCAGACCUAGUUUUAACAGAUUUUAGGUUUAGACAGACAUUGGGACCGAAGCCCCCUUAAAAAUGGUCUUGAACCGCCCCUGGAUCCAAUUACCAAAGACAACCAUAUCUAGAAAACGUAAUUCACUUACGAGGCAGUAACUAAUAAGUACAGGCCUAUAAUAACUGUUUUAAAUCAUUUUAUUUUUUGUCACGCAAUUAUCUCUUGACCAUGAGAACCGGGAUUCGCCUUCAUCUGGCACAUCUUAUUGUGCUCUCUUCCAGAGCUCUAAUUCCGGACACCAGGAACCAGGAGUUUUUUUGUCUUCGCACUAAGUCCGAACCUGGACGCACUCAGUGUAGUUUUCUUCGAAGACCAUCAGCAGUAGCGUCUGUCCUUUUUUACUGGACCAUUUGGACAGCAGAGCAUCGUGUUGAAGAGUGUUCUGUAAGCGCUGAGCCAGCUUUGAUUCAAAGCUAUAUGUCCGUAUGCCAUGAACGAGGCAUCUGGGAUCUACAUAAAACCUCGUCUCUGCGCCUUAAUAUAGUAACACUGCUUUUAGAGCCUGGUAGUCCAUGUGAAUUUCGACCAAUUUCCCUUGCCAACUUGAAGUGGCAUAGGUACUUAGACACGGGCUAUCAGAUGGGCUCUGCGACCCGAAUGCGGCAGAAGCGCGCUUGGAUCUUACCCGGGACGCUGUGGUGCGGCCGCGGAAGCCGCGCUAGUGACUACGAGCAGCUAGGUAUGUUUGAGCGUGUAGACAGAUGCUGCCGAGAGCACGAUCACUGCGACCACAUAAUUCGCCCCUUCACUGUGAACUUCGGCGUGUUUAACCCGACGCUCUUCACCAUUUCACACUGCGACUGUGACCACAGGUUUAAGCAGUGCCUUCUAAAAAUUAAUGACACAGUCUCAAAUAUGGUGGGCUAUACAUUCUACAAUAUCCUUAAGGUCCAGUGCUUUGAGCUUAUCCAGAAGAGAAGGUGCACCAAAAUCAACUGGAUUGGAAUGUGCACAUCAGAUAAGGUUGCCCCUUAUGCAAUCCUCAAACAUACAACAAUAUAUAAUGCCACAACGUCAAAUGCUGGUAUUCCUGAACCACCAGAUAUUCUGCAGCAGAGCAAACAUUUCUGUUGA